AUGACAGGACAGCUGAAGAAACUCAGCGCACACGCUCAGCGCCGACUGCGCAUGCGCAACAGGAAAAAGAAACUUGCCCACAGUUCACAUAGACAGUCGUUUGGGCAGAAUUACAACCUGCCGGAAAUUACAGACAUUUUGCCCCAUGAAGUAAUAUAAUAUAAUGCUACUUGAAUUAUAGAAUUUACUUGUUAUGUACUGAGACUGAGCCAUUCACAGUAGAGACUAUCCAUCCAAUUUUGCAAAAAAAAAGGGUAGACAACAUGAAAAAAAAGGAUGGAAUUUCAGAGGAAAACAAUUGUUCUUUGAACUUAGUUAAACAAAAAAUACAAUAUGGAAUUGUCCUAACAAAGAUCAGUUUGAAAUUGAGUAUGAGUCUCCCUUUUUUUUCCUGUAUUGUCCUGAUGAAUUUAGAACACCUUACUGUUUAUGAGUUGGCUACAUAUGUGUGUAAGGCCUGGAGAAAAAAACUCACAAAGUCCUUGUUAUGUUGUUGAAUGUUGUUUGUAACUGAUGUUCUCCUCUGGCUUAGUGGUCUAUAUGUCUAAACAGUGGGGUCUUGUAGUGGGCAGGUUCUCAGAGUAUGACACAACAAUAAUAAUAUCAAUCAUAAGCCAUAGACAUACAGUAUUACUAAAGCUGGGUCACGUUAGUGUUUAUUUUGUUUUGUUUUUGUCAUAUCGUAUUCUAUCAAUAACUUUAAACAGAUGUCUGUUUUUGGUGUGUGUGUGUGAGAGAGAGUGAGAGUGUCUGACUUAUUGAAUUUGACAUCUUAUUUUAACCUAAUAUGUGUAAAUUGCUGUUAUAUAAUAAAAUAACAACAAAGAAUUUAUAGCAAGAAAGAGACAAAUGUUUGAAUUUUUGCUGUAGAAGAUAGCAACCAAAAAUGGCAGAAAUGAUUGGAGGCUCUGGCUCAGCAUUCACGAUUAAUAAUAAUGAAAAAGAAAACACUACAGUUGGGAAUCACUGACUGUGCUUUAUAAAGGGAUGGACACAUGUAAGUCAACAUAUAUAUAAUAGAGGGCUGCCUUUGUCAUUUUGUUCUCCGUUGCAUCUUUCUCCGAGCCCAUUUGUUGUUUUUCCCUCUUCAUCUAACUUUAUUGUUCAACUUAUGUACAUGAACUGAACAUUGUGGUCACUAACACCUGUGCUUUUCGAGUUAAAACGUGUAAAAAUGGCUGCAUAGGGCCCAUUGAAAAUGUUAGAUGCAUUGGACUUUAGUGUAAUAGUUAGCUACCACCAGCAGGUGGCAGUAAUAAGGCACUAAAUACAUUAGAUGCCGUUUACCAGUACAGAAGAAGAAGGAGUCUAUUUGGCGGGUCCUGUAAAACGUAAACAGAGGAGACUAGAAAAUGGAGGGGAGCGAAGUAACAGUUCAAGAAGCAACUGUAGACAACAAGUGUCUCAGAGACUCAGUUGAGAAACAAAACACCGAUGAAGCCACGGGAGAAAUGUCCUCGCAGUUGCCAAACACUGAAUCGGUUUGUAAGCAGACGACAGAGGAGACAGGAGGUCGGUUUAACAGACUCAAGCUGUUCGACAAAGUGAUGCAGAAGAGCCUGGAGAAGUUCAUCCAACAUGCCAGUUUUAACAGAUUUGCCAGCACCUUUCGUCCACUUUACAAGAAGAACCCUCAGAGGAUGGAAAUCAUUCACAAGCAGUUCAUAGAGGAGUUGAGGAGGGCCAUACAGGACGACAUCAGCAGAUUGAUUGAAGAAGGCCAUUUAGAAGUCAAACUGAAAGAACUGGACAAACUGGAGCGUGCUGCAAAGAACAAUACAGAUCCUGCGUGGCGGCCCAGUGGGGUUCCAGAAGAGGACUUUUGCAGUUUCUUGAAGCCAUACUAUCAAAAGCAGGAGGCUUUUAUGCGACUUGAGCUGAAAAAGAUCCAAGCAGAGAAUGCUGCACUUGCCCAGAAGGUUCAGGCUGGGAGGGAGAGUAUUGCUCAGACUGAGAGCCGCAUUUCUGCAGCUGUUGAUGAGUGGAAGGCUGCAGUCACAGAAUUUGAAACGAUGGCAUCCUCUCUCUGUCCCACUGAUGUCUUUGAUGUGUGAUCCUCAAAUUUGUCCACAAAUAGACUAAGUUAAUUGUACAUAUGGAUUUUGUUUUCUGAUCUGUUUUCCUGCAAAUAAACAUGACACCUUUAAUAUAAAA